GGGAGACAAAUCGGUGGGACAAUAGCCUGCCUGUUACCCCGCCUACUCUUUCCUGUCAUGUGAGGAUACUUAAUGCACUUCGCGGCUUGCCAUGUUUGGUAAGUGCUGCGAGUUAUCUACCGGAAGACAUACUGCUGCCCUGAAUGCCGAAAUGGGGACGGGGGUCAUGUUGACUGUUGUCUUUUUGCUACUGACCGUUAGAAAUGCCCAGUCCCAGGAAAGCUGUGUGAAGACUGUCGUCAGGUCGUGUGCAGAAUGUAUCAAGUCUGGACCCUACUGUGCCUGGUGCAAGCUGCUGGUAAAGAGCACCUUCAUCUGGCCACAUUGCAUCUCCUGCACAUACCGACCCGCGGCUCCUCAUACCAAUGCCAGAACCUGGCUAAAAGCAAACAAACAGGCUUUCAGAAUCAGACUUAUUUUUCUUGAUUUUCCAGAUCAGCCUUGGACCUUCACCUUCAAGUUCAAACGGGCAGAGGGUUACCCAGUAGACCUGUACUAUCUCAUGGACCUCUCCUAUUCCAUGAACGACGACCUGCAGAACGUGAAAAGUCUGGGGAAGGACCUUCUGAAGGCCCUGCGGCAAAUCACCAAACAAUCACGUAUAGGGUUUGGCUCAUUUGUGGACAAGGUCGUGCUCCCAUACACGAGCACCAACCCCAAGAGAGUGCAGAAACCCUGCCCUGAUAAUGAGCGCUUCUGCCAGCCGGCAUUCGGCUACAAGCAUGUGCUAAGCAUGACAGACAAUGAGAUUCUGUUCAAUAAAAGAGUCUCGGAACAGGCCAUUUCCGGAAACCUGGAUGUCCCCGAGGGGGGGCUGGAUGCCAUCAUGCAGGCUGCAGUUUGUGGGGACAAGAUUGGCUGGGGUAACAGCACCCGGCUGCUGGUGUUCACUACUGAUGCUGGAUUCCACAUGGCGGGAGAUGGCAAGCUGGCAGCCAUCUUGGAACCUAACGACGGGCGCUGCCACCUGGAUGCCAAAAUGCUGUACUCGAAAAGCAGUGAGAUGGAUUACCCCUCUGUCGGUCAAGUCAUGCAGAAGCUGGUGGAAAACAAUAUCCAGCCAAUCUUCGCCGUCACCAAGGACGUGGAACCAGUGUACAGGAGACUGAAAGACAUCAUUCCCAAAUCAGAGGUCGGUGUGUUGACUUCCGAUUCAAGCAAUGUGAUCAGUCUGAUCCAGAACGCAUACCGGAACCUUUCAUCUAAUGUGAUUGUGACUCAUGAUGAUCUUCCCGAUCAUGUGACCGUCAUGUACACAUCAAACUGUCCUAAUGGGGAUCUGCCCAGCAUCAGAGGGACAUGUGACAAUGUGGGGAUUGGGAAGGAGGUCGAGUUCAAUGUGACUGUCACAGCCCACAAGUGUUUGAAUGAGCAGAGCUUCCUGAUCGGACCUCUGGGCUUCAGGGAGAAGAUCAGGGUCAACCUGACGACUAGGUGUGAGUGCGAGUGUGACGACAGGAAGGACAGCAAUCACCAACACUGCAAUUCACAAGGUCAAGUCAGCUGUGGUACCUGCAGCUGCAACAAGGGCUUUGUGGGGCAGAAAUGCGAGUGCAAGAUCGGCGAUAAGAGUGAGGCAGAGCUGCGACAGGCGUGCAUGCCCGUCAACGGCUCCAUGUGCUCGGGCCAGGGUGAGUGCGUGUGCGGCGUGUGCCACUGCUCUCCUGGUGAGGAUGGCCGCAGCAUCUACGGCAGAUUCUGUGAGUGUGACGACAGAAGCUGCCCACUCUCCCGGGGGCAACCAUGCGGAGGACAGGGCCGGUGCUCAUGUGGAACAUGCAACUGUAACCCUGGGUAUGAGGGCGAUGCCUGCGACUGCAGGAAGUCAGAUAACAGGUGCCGGACAGGCAAUAAGGUCUGCUAUGGGCGCGGCAACUGUGUGUGCGACGUCUGCAAUUGUACCGUGGGCUACACGCGGCCGUUCUGUGAGACCUGCCCCGGCUGCCCGGCGCUCUGCGAGAGAGUGGCGAGCUGUGUCGAGUGCCAUAUGGAUGAGCGGAAGGGGAACUGCUUGGUCUGCCAGGGUGUGACCUAUAGGGAGGAACCAGACCUGAAGGAGCAGCGGCUCUGCAAGCGCAGGGGGACCGACGGUUGCCAGAUGAUCUACAGCACCAAACAGCUGCAGGGUGUUGAGCAGUAUGAAGUCAUCUUUAGGAAUAAAGAGUGCCCAGAGCCCCCUGAUCUCCGCCUUAUCAUUGGAGGGACCUUCUCUGGGGUGGCCCUAAUCGGGAUCCUUCUACUGCUGGCCCUCAAAGCUUUCAUACACAUGAGGGACCUCAAGGAGUUCAGGAGAUUUGAAAACGAGCAGAAGAAGUCCAAAUGGAGCAAAGCAGACAACCCGCUGUUCAAGACUGCAACAACCACCGUGCAGAACCCAAACUUCGGGGGGGACUGAUGUGCGCAGUGUCAGACCUUACAGUAUGGUGAGGUUUAGUGCAGUGCUGUCCCAGACAACACAAGGUCAGCUCAGAGUAGGUUGUAGUCAUGGCCUGUGGAUGACUAACUGUACACCAGACUGCAAUCUUUGUUAUUUUUACUCUUCCUACAAGUCUGUUUGCUGUGAUAAAUGCUCAUGCUAGUACCUCUCAGCUUUGGAAAUGCUGUAUUGCUAAUGGUCCUGCUCUCUUUUGUGCCACUUUGUCAAUGUGGGGUCAGAAUAUGUAAAUUAUAAGAUCCUCUAUUUGCAAAAACAUUAAAUGGAUUGAGCCAGU